AUGGCCCCAAGUGACGGCACAACUGUGUCCCCCAGGCUCCUUAUUGUUUCGAAUCGACUGCCGGUGACCAUCCGUCAGGACGACGACAACUAUGCAAUCGAGCGCAGUUCCGGCGGCCUGGCUACUGCCCUCUCCCACCCCCACGCGGCACUUGACAGUCUGUGGCUCGGCUGGCCCGGCGCUUCCUAUGACUCGGCGGACGGCCGUCGCCGGCUGACCCGACUGCUGCGCGACACUUAUCGAUUUUCCCCCGUUUAUCUGAGCGACGAGCAGGUUCAACGUUAUUACUAUGGAUUCAGCAAUGGCGCGCUAUGGCCGCUCUGCCAUUUCUUUGAGGCACACGUGGUCUAUGACGACGACGAGUGGGAGGCCUACGUGGAGGUCAACCGCUUGUACUGCGACGCGGUGGCCGAGGAGAUUCAUGGCGACGAACUGAUCUGGGUCCACGAUUAUCACCUGUUCCUUCUGCCGCAAAUGCUACGCCAGCGUUUCCCCGAGGCGCGCAUCGGUUUCUUCCUGCACACCCCCUUCCCGCCAUCUGAAUUGUUUCGCGUGUUGCCUUGCCGCGAGGACCUGUUACGCGGUCUGCUGGGCGCCGACGUGGUGGGGUUUCAGACAUUCAACAACCUGCAGAAUUUUCUCUACUCAGUGUAUCGGGUGCUGGGCAUCGCUGCUGACAUGCAUGCCGUCGACCCCUUGCCGUUCCUCAAGGCUCUGGAUUCGAGCGACGACACGAGGGAAGAACUGCGGCGGCUGAACGAAGCGAUGGGAGACCGCAAGGUCAUCCUGGGCAUGGACCGACUGGAUUAUUCCAAGGGCAUUCCCGGUCGGCUGCGCGCCUACCAGCGGCUGCUGGUGGCGCAUCCUGAGUGGCGGGAGGCGGUGACGCUGGUGCAGGUGGCGGUUCCGUCGCGCGAGCAGGUGACCGCGUAUCAAGACCUGCGGCGGCAGGUGGACGAAUUGGUGGGUGAAAUCAACGGCACUUUCGGCACCACCACCUGGACACCGGUGCAGUACGUGCAUCGCAAUCUGCCAUUCUCCGAGAUAUGCGCCCUGCUGCGCCGGGCUGACAUCGCGUUGAUCACGCCUCUGCGCGACGGCAUGAACCUGGUCGCCAAGGAAUACGUCGUGUGCCAGAAGGAGCGCGCCGGGGCGUUGAUUCUCAGCGAGUUCGCCGGGGCCUCCUCGGAGCUGGGCGAGGCAUUCUUCGUCAAUCCCUACGACACCGAGGGCAUGGCGGCGCGCAUGCACGAAGUUCUGUCGGCGUCUGAAGAGGCGCUGGCCGACCGGAUGGGCGCUCUGCACCGCCGCGUGUGCGGGCACACGGUGCACGCCUGGGCACAGAAGUUCCUGUCCCAGUUGUCCGGCGUGCAGACCCAACGAACGUCCUGCUCACUGAACGAUACCGCACAGCGGCGGCUACUGGUCGGCUACGCCAAGGCGGAAAGUCGUAUUUUGCUGCUGGGCGCCCCGGGCCCCGACCUGUUGGACGCCUUGCAGGCGUUGAGUCUGGACCAUCGGAAUACGGUAGCCGUGCUGAGCGGGCAGGACCGGGAAACCAUAGAGCACUGGUUCGGUUCAUGUGGCGGCAUUCUGGCAGCAGAGGACGGCGGAUGGAUUCGUGACACCACACAGGCUCCCUGGCGCCAGACGCUGGCGGACCUGGAAUACGACUGGAAGGACACGGUGCGACCGAUAUUGGAGGAGGCGAUAAGCCGCACCCCUGGUUCCGUGUUGGUCGAACGGGGGCACUCGUUGGGCUGGCAAUAUCAUCUUGCGGACCCCGAAUUCGGCCUGUGGCAGGCGCACGAACUUUACAUCCAAUUGCAGGCGCUGUUGGCGGGGAGCGGGCUCCAGGUGCACCGGGGCAACAAGAUGGUGGAAAUCAAGUGGGAAGAGAUUCACAAGGGGAUGGUCGCCUCCCAGAUCAUCGCCGCUGCCGGUGGGGAUUUCAUGCUGGCCAUUGGCGGACAGCCAUCCGACGAGGCGCUCUUCGAGGCGGUGCCCACGGAGCAGUGGACACUCAAGACCGGAACCGGGUUUUCCAGAGCGCAG